AUGCACCAGGACCUGAAGGAAAGUUCCUCUGGGGAGGAGGUUCCCACAGAUCAUUACAUGAUCCUCGAUACCCUUGGUAUAGGCAGCUUUGCUGAAGUGAAACUUGCCUGUCACCUCCGUACAGACGUACAGGUUGCUCUGAAGAUUAUGGAAAAGGACAAAAAGAAAGCUACCUUGAUCACAAAUGAGGUAGAUAUCAUGAAAUUAUUGAAUCAUCCUAAUAUAAUUAAGCUGUUCCAUGUUAUGGAAACUACUCAGCAUAUCUAUAUGGUUAUGGAACUGGCCUCUGGGGGUGACCUGGCAGGUCGUAUAGUGGAGGUAGGCUCCAUGCAGGAAGAGGAGGCCCAACACAUCUUCACACAGAUUGUAUGUGCAGUUAAGUACUGCCACGAGAAUAACAUUGCACACAGGGACAUCAAACCAGAUAACAUACUGUUAGAUAGCAAAGGAAGUAUCAAGCUGUGUGACUUUGGUCUGGCUACCAAAGUAACUGUGGGGCAGAAAUUAAAGGUUUUCUGUGGUACCCUUCCAUACUGUGCUCCAGAGCUUUUCAAUGGCCAAGAAUAUGAUCCCAAGACACCUGACAUCUGGAGCAUGGGAGUAGUUCUAUAUAUCAUGGUGACAGGGUACCUCCCAUUCAAAGCAACAACAUAUAAAGACAUGAAGGUGGAGAUGAAAGAUCCACAUUACUACAUCCCAUCAAAGCUUCCAGAAUACAUCGUCAACCUCAUUGUGAAGUUAUUCACUAUUGACUCUGAGCAGAGACCCAAGAUACAUGACAUUAUGAAACAUCUGUGGCUCAAGGACAGUGAAGUACUUUUAAAAUUAUCAUCUUCUUUGGAGAUGCUCCCUAGAAAACCAAACCUCAAUAUUGUGUCAGCCAUGCGGGUCAUGGGCUACAGUCCCAAAGACAUUAGAGACUCUUUACAUAAAAAAAAAUUUAAUAACAUCAUGGCAACUUAUUUAAUAUUAAAACACCAGUCAUUCUUGAGAAGCAAUAUACAUCAUCAAAUUAAACCUAUGCAGUUUGAUGUUGCCAGUACACCUUUAUGUCUUUCCAUGGCUCGCUUCUCCCUAAAUGGCACAGGGAGUGAUCCUGCUCUUCCAACUAACACCUUUCUGGCAAAACACAAGUUUCAUGGCGAUGACAAGAUUGCAAUGAAGGAGGGGAGCAGAAGGCUCAGCAUGCCUGACAUCCUGUGUUGUCAACAGAAGAGAACCAUCUUUCCUAAAGUAGCUUCUGAAUGUGGUCAUGUAGCUGUUCAUCUCAUGAGAAGCAUUAUUCAGAAGAGAUAUAUCUUUCUGAGUGGAGUUGGGUUUAUUCUUCUAUACCUAUGGUAUUUGAUAUUGAAACCAUUCUUACCACCGCCUUGGAAAAAUCAGGACAUCAAAAAAGGUGAGGAUCAGCAGAGCACAGCUAAGAAAGGAAGCAGGAGAUCAUUUAAAGGUUGUAGAACUACCCAGAGACAAACACAGGAAUGGAGGAAGCUGCUGUCUGUUGUGCAAAGCCCCCUCGGUGAGCUGCAUGAUCACGCCCACUUCUGACACCUACUAUAUCCAGAUUCUUCCUGUGAUGUGUGUAAUGGAACAACUGUUAAGAUUAGUCACCUGCUUUUUCAGAUCACCCUUGAAGAUGGUGCUGCCUCUGCCUCCAGUAUGGAUUCUACCUCAGUGUCUGAGUCCAAGACCUCGUUGACUCUGUCCCUUCCCCUCUCAGAAAAUCCUUCAGGAAAUCCAAUUUCAGACCCUCCACAUGAACUAUCUCUACAUUCUUCCUCCAUCAUUUCACCUUAACAGAGUGCCCACUUAAAAGACACACUUUCUGCCUCAUCACUGGGUGACUCUGUACCAUCAGAAUCUAUUCCUCCUGUGAGUGCUAAAUUCUGUCUAGACCAUGAUUCUCUCCAUCCAUGUGCCACUUUCCCUCCUCCACAACAACAUGCCACCCAGGAAACAGAACUGCUUCUCCAACCAACAACUGUUCUAUCUCUGGUGGGCAGCCCUAGGGAGCUGUUUACUAUUCCAACAAACAAGGGCAUUUGCAGUUCAAGGCAUGCAAUGUCAGAAUUUAUUCAGCAGCAGACUGAUACUGGCAGCUCUUUCCAGUUGGAGCCAGAACAUUUGGUUAACCAGGAGUUUCUUGACCUCCAUUCUUCUGAAUCUUACUUAUGGGCAAACAACACAACCAGCCUUAAAUUACCUGGAAAUCUUUCCUUUUCCAACCUUGAUUCCAUGGUACUGCUUGAGAGACAAGAUCAAAAGAUGCCUGAUUCAUUUAAAACUUGGGAGAAGAUCCAAGAAUCUGAUCAGCAGAACUUUCCAGUUUCCCAUGCUUUGGGGAGCUGCAAAGGUAAAUCAGGGAGACUUCAAAUGCACCAGCAGUCUCCCCACCCCCAUCUCAAGACCUCUGAAGAUCAGUUAGAGCCUAAACAUACACAGUUUUUCUGGAACAUCCCUUCUCUACACAGUGAGUCCAUGAACUCUGUUGCUCCUGUGUGGGCUGACAGUUCCUUGACCUCUGGAUGCUUCAACAGAUUCUCAGAUUCUACAGUGCUUACUAACCACACACUAUUGUCCUUUCCUGAGAGUCAACCACAGAACUUGCCCCAAAUUCUGUCCACAUCUCAGUCCCAACCUGUCCCUCUUGCCAAGACCCAGACCCAGCUUCAACACCCAAUUCCAGUGCUGCCACCUUCUCUGCUAUCCCAGCUUAGAAUCUGUGGAGUGUAUUUUCACAGACCCCAGGAUAAAGCACAACCUCUUGAGGCAUCUUCAAUCCACUGCCUAGAAUACAACAUCUUGAAAAAGGUGCAGGAAAGAGUGUGGGGCUUACCCACUGUGGUCAAAAAAUCCCAGGAAGAAUUUUGUCCCCCACCUCCCAUCCUGCAGCCUUCUAAGACCCGUGCUCCCAGGCCCAUCUCUCUUGGAAAUUUCCCCCUCACCAGUGAGCUCCGGAAGAAACUUGAGCACCACCUUCGAAAGAGGCUCAUUCUACAACGCUGGGGCCUACCCCAGAGGAUUCGUAACUCUCUGUCAUGGAUGAAUCGUUGAGCAGAACUUUCAGAGGCAUCUUCAUCUACAAGCAACUAUGGGCUUUCAUGGAUCUCUUUCUUUAGGCAACAGGGCAGUAAAAGACCCACACAACAUUGUAUUGAACAAACCUGAAAGCUUCUCAGCAAGACAAUCGGGGAGAAACUGUUAAAGGCAAAGGGACAUAGCCUAGAGACUGUUCAAAAACACCAACUAUGGAGCAAUAGCAAGGGCACUCCAGAUAAUGGCCUGCAGUCUGACUGUUAGACAGUCCUACAACGCCACCCAGGCAGUCUGUCAGGUAAACCUUCAGGGACCUCACGGGUGAGCCAAUGUCAGGAAAAAUUUGAAACUGCGCUGCAAAAGCCUUUGGUGAGUCAUCUCAAUGAAACCAAUAAGGGUCAGAGAGCUGGCACAGCGUCCAGAGCAGGGCACUGUCCUCUCCCUUUUACCUCAUGUGUGGAAAAUGAAGAACACGAGGCUCAGAGACAGUCACGUUCUGAUAACAAGGACAGACAUGCCAAGAGCACACACACAAUGACAAAGCCUGUUCUGCACCAGGCAUCCAUGGUCUUACACAACACCAGCAUGAAAGAGUCAGAGGGCAGUAAACACAGCCCAGAUGUGCCCAGAAUAUCCACUGAGGCUACCCCUGCACCAUUGGGGAAGCACCUGGAAUGCUUCUCAGGUGCAGCAGGUUCACUGGUCCACAACAGGGCUUAG